AAUAUAAUACAACCCCCCAUCCAACUAUUCCCCUCCUUUUCUCUCCAUUCCGAAUCCACCCCACGAAGCCCGUCUCAAUUACUCCACCCCCAUCUCAAUUCGCAAUUCCUCCGCGAUCCAUGGAUCUCCAGCUGGAGCAGCUCGAGUCUGUGUCCCUCGCCGACGUCCUCCGCGAGUCCGUCUCCAUCCCCCGCUGCUCCCCCCGCACCUUCGCCCUCAUCACCCUCACCCUCGUCUUUCCCCUCUCCUUCGCCGUCCUCGCCCACACCCUCUUCACCCACCCCAUCCUCCGCCACCUCCGUUUCUCCUCUUCUUCAUCCUCUGGCGAGUGGGCCCUCCUCCUCCUUUACCAGUUCAUCUACCUCCUCUUCCUCUUCACCUUUUCCCUACUCUCCACCGCCGCCAUCGUCUUCACCGUGGCCUCUCUAUACGCCGCCAAGCCCGUCUCCUUCCGCUCCACCCUCGCCGCCAUCCCCCCCAUCCUCCCCCGCCUUCUCCGCACGUUCCUUUGGGUCGCCCUCAUCAUGCUUCUCUACAACCUCGCCUUCGCCCUCGCCAUCCUCCUCCUCCUCGUCACCACCCACUCCAUCUACUCCGUCUCCUUCCUCCUCGGCCUCGUCCUCGUCCUCCUCGCCUUCCUCGCCGCCCACGUCUACAUCUCCGCCAUCUGGCACCUCGCCAGCGUCGUCUCCGUCCUCGAACCCCUCUGCGGCCUUGCCGCCAUGACCAAGAGCCGCGACCUAAUCCGCGGCCGCGCCCGCAUGGCCGCCACCUUCGUCGCCUCCUACCUCGGCUUCUGUGGCCUCAUCGGCUGGGCUUUCCGUGCCGUCGUCGUCAAGGGCCCCAACGAGGAGGGCAGCGCCCGGGCUGGGAUCGGAGCCAAGGUACUCAUUGGCGGCGCCCUUGUGGCGGUGCUCGUUGUGCUGAAUCUCGUGGGAUUGCUGGUGCAAAGUGUGUUCUAUUACGUGUGCAAGAGCUACCACCACCAGCAGAUUGAUAAGAGUGCGCUCUACGACCACCUCGGCGGAUAUCUCGGGGAGUAUGUGCCCCUGAAGAGCUCCAUCCAGAUGGAGGACUUCUGAACCUCUGAAUUGAAUUCUCUUGACAUAUCCGGCAAAAAUUAUUUGUCAUGGACUCUUGAUGCCGAGAUCCAUUUGGACGCAAUGAAUCUUGGAGAAACUAUAAAAGAAGGAAAUGACGCAUCCCUGCAGGAUCGCGCCAAAACAAUGAUCUUCCUUCGCCACCAUCUCCAUGAAAGCUUGAAAGCCGAAUAUCUUACAGUGAAAGAUCCAUAUGUCCUUUGGACAAAUUUGAAAGAGAGAUAUGAUCAUCAGAAAUAUACGAUCCUUCCAAAAGCCCACUACGAAUGGAUUCACCUACGGCUGCAGGAUUUUAAAACUGUAAGCGAGUAUAAUUCCGCAGUAUUCAGAAUUACCUCUCAGUUAAAAUUAUGCGGAGAAAAAAUUACUGAACAGGAUUUGUUAGAAAAAACAUAUUCUACUUUUCAUGCCUCGAAUGUGCUCCUGCAGCGGCAGUAUCGAGAGCGGGGUUUUAAAAGAUAUUCUGAGCUGAUAUCAUGCCUACUUGUUGCUGAGCAAAAUAAUGAACUUUUGAUGAAAAAUCAUCAAUCACGACCAACUGGUUCAGAUCCAUUCCCUGAAGUGAAUGCUGCAUCAUCUGUUCAUCAUAGACAUGACCGUGGUCAUAGUCAUGGACGUGGCCGUGGACGUAGUCGUGGCCGUGGUCGUAAUAAGCAUUGGUAUCGUGGAGGCUACCAUGGCAUAAACUUUAAGAAAUCAGCAAACAAGGAGGAGAAACCACAUAACUCCUCUAAAAAUAAAGAAAGUGAUUGCUAUCGAUGUGGCAUGAAAGAACAUUGGUCACGUACCUGCCGUACGGCCAAACACCUUGUUGACCUUUACCAAGCUUCACUGAAAGGAAAAGGGAAUGAUGUAGAAACAAAUUUUGUUGAAGAUCAAGAUCCACUGAACAUCACCAAUUUAGAUGUCUCCGAUUUUUUUGAGAAUGAUGAUGGAAAGUUUGAACAUCUGAGUGGUGAUGGAAAUGUUCUAUAUGAUUAAAUCUUGUUUUUCCUUUGAGAAAUCUACUUUACUUUGAAGCA